AUGAGUCUCAAUUGGUUUAAAUCGUAUCUAUUUGACCGAAAACAAAAAUGUAAUGUAAAUGGUCUAAUAUCAAGUGAGCGCUCGUUGCUAUGUGGGGUACCUCAAGGAUCUAUUCUUGGUCCUUUGCUGUUUCUUGUUUACAUUAAUGACCUUCCUUCUUGUCUGCAACAUUCUACAGCACGAAUGUAUACGGAUGAUACAAAUAUAACUACAACUGGAAAGUCGAUAAAGGAAAUAGCAUCUGAAGCCAAUACAGAUCUUGAAAAUAUUUGCAUAUGGCUCAAAGCAAAUAAACUUACCCUGAAUGUUACCAAAACGGAGUAUAUGUUCAUUGCGUCUGACAGUAAUCUUGACAAACUGCGGGACAGGCCAUUUUCAUUAAGGUAUGCUUGCAACUGGUCAUAAACAAUUCGUUCAAAGAUUUUGCUCACAGCACUUAGAAUAGAGAUUGGUCUGUAAUUAUUUAAAAGAUCUUUUGCAUCUCCUUUAUGAAGUGGCUUAACUUUUGCAAUUUUCCAAUCAUCUGGAAAUACACCAGUUGCUAUUGAGCAGUUAAAUAAGUUGCAUAAUGAGUCUGAUAUCACUGACGCGCACAUUUUAACAAUUUAGCCGGAAUCUCAUCAAGACCCAUUGUUUUUCCUUCCUGCAAUGAAGAGAGUAACUUAAAAACAGCACUUGGUGUUGUCAAAUCUAACGCGAAAACCGUAUCCGCUUGUUUUAAAUAAUCACCAAAACCGCAAUUAUUUAAUUCAUCCGGUUUAUCAGGUCUCAAUUUCAACCCAAUUUCUGCAAAAUGAUUACUAAAACACUGUUAAGUCAGCUGAGUCACUGAUCACUCUAUCAUUGCACGUAAGAUGAGAGAUCUCGUCUGACUUAGCAUUACGAGACAUCAGCUCAUUGAUUGAUUUCCAAAUUUCUUUUGGAUUUCCUGAAUUUGUUUUAAAAUAUUGAUGGUAAUAAUCGGUUUUUGCUUGUCUAAUUUUAUUAUUGCACGUAUUUCUCGCAUCGUUGAAUUUUUCCAGUCAGCUGGAUUUUUUGACACCACCGCUAAUUUCUUAAGUUUGUCUCUUUGCAAAAAUAAUUGUUUUCGAUUUGCAUUCAUCCAGGGACUUUUUUAUUUCUAAGCCGUUUACGUUUUAAUGAAGCGUGAUUAUCAACAACAUUCAUAAACAUCGAUUUCCAAAAUUCCCAUCGGUCAUUUGCAUUUUCAAGAUUAUCAACAAGUGACCAUGGUAAAUUGGUUAAUUCAUUUUUGAAUCUAUCAACGUUAAGGGUUGAAGUUUUUCAUGGAUCUCAUAUUAACAACGCGAUGCCUGCUCUUAGUUUUGAUAGCGACUUUGCGCACAACGUAAACCAAACUAUGAUCGCUUAUGCCCAAGUGUAGAACACCUGAUGUAACGACUCUUUCUGGGGUGUUUGUAAGAAUCAUGUCAAUUAAGGUUUGGCUAUUUUCAUUACACCUGGUGGGCUCUUUGAUAAGUUGUUCAAGCUGAAAUAAUUCAGAAAAUGAGUUUAAUAACGUUAUGGGUCGACGACUCCUUUCGGAAAGCAGACCACAAUUUAAAUCUCCUAAUAAAUAUGUUUCUCUUUGUUCAUUGUCAAGUAAAUUAAAAAUACUAGUCAUAUGAUCAAAAAACAUAUCCAGACAGACAGACAGAUCAAACAACAUAUCCAGACAGACAGACAAACAAACAAACAAACAAACAAACAAACAAACAAACAAACAAACAAAACAAACAAACAAACAAACAAACAAACAAACAAACAAACAAACAAAACAAACAAACAAACAAACAAACAAACAAACAAACAAACAAACAAACAAACAAACAAACAAACAAACAAAACAAACAAACAAACAAACAAACAAACAAACAAACAAACAAACAAACAAACAAACAAACAAACAAACAAACAAACAAACAAACAAACAAACAAACAAACAAACAAACAAACAAACAGACAAACAGACAAACAGACAAACAGACAAACAGACAAACAGACAAACAGACAAACAGACAAACAGACAAACAGACAAACAGACAAACAGACAAACAGCCAAACAGACAAACAGACAAACAGACAAACAGACAAACAGACAAACAGACAAACAGACAAACAGACAAACAGACAAACAGACAAACAGACAAACAGACAAACAGACAAACAGACAAACAGACAAACAAACAAACAGACAAACAGACAAACAAACAAACAAACAAACAAACAAACAAACAAACAAACAAACAAACAAACAAACAAACAAACAAACAAACAAACAAACAAACAAACAAACAAACAAACAAACAAACAAAUGAACGAACGAAAUGAACGAAAUGAACAAAAUGAACAAAAUAAACAAAUGAACAAAAUGAACAAACGAAAUGAAACGGAACGAAACAAAAAGAAACACAACUAAGGACACUUGAUAUAUUAAAUUUUUAGACAACUACGAUUAAAACUAAAGCUGCAUGUUUACGUCCUGUGGUGGUUCCUAAACCCACAUCACCAGGAACAUCGCCAAGAACAUCACCAAGCACAUCACCAGGAACAUCGCCAAGAACAUCACCAAGCACAUCACCAAGAACAUCACGUAGUGAUAUCACAAGCAGUGGCGGACUGAAAACUCUUUAUAUUGUUCUUAUUGCUCUUGCUGGGUAAGGUUAUGCAAUUUUCUCUAUGCUCUGGAUUAGGUUUAUUACUAUAGUUAAUCUACAAUCUUUUAUGUCCAAGAUUGUAAGAAAACUAUAUAUUUUAGACGUAACAACAAGCAAAAUUCAUGCAUAUAUAUUUUAGGAUGUGACAAGUUCAAAUAGGGAUUAUAUUGCUUGUUUUUCAUGCAAACAAAUAUAUAUUGCUCGAAAAACAAGUAUCAGACUACUGGAGUGGAACAAAAUUAAAAAAGAUUGAAUUAUCACGCACUAUUAAAUUCAGUGUAUUUCAGACAGUCUUGGACAAAACCCUUGAGACCAUUCCAGCCAAUAUUACAAAGUUAUUGAACAUUGACAAAACAAAUUUUGUCUCCCCCUCCCCUCCAGUUCAAUGUUGUGAACAACGCCGAAACAACUUUUGGUAAUAUACCAUAACACAACCUCAACAUUGAGUUGGGGGAGCGGGGACUUAAGAAGGGCAACAUGAUUCAACAUGGAGUUUAUCAUAAAAAUACUAUGCGAAUUUUCUAUAGGGGGAAAAUAGUCUCAACCAGUUAUGUCCAAGAUUGUACAUUGUGCUAAACUGUGUUUCAUUUGCCGUUGUUUCGUUAUAAAAAAUCAAUAUACACCAAUCCUAAAAUGGGGGGGGGGGGAUAUUCAUUGCAAUUUUUGUUCAUUUUUGUUUCAAAUAUUCAUAUUCCUACCCUUAAUAUUGAUAUUUCUACUAUCAAUUUUUAAUAUUCAAUAUUCAUUGUCCACCCCCAAAGGCUACAAGCAAGCCAUCUCCUAAUUUAUUCCAUCACGUUUGUAAAAUUUUGUAAUCUUCGGAUUGUGUUUUGCUGGGGUUUUUUUUAAAUUGUCAGCUGUUAUUGGAAUUUGGUACAUGCUUUUAACUUCUUUGCGCUUCACAAUUUGCUGUAGAUUUGCUAUUGCUAUUGGUUCCUGUGUUGCUUACAAGAUGCUCAUGAAACGAAAGCGAGGUUUACUCAUUGAAAAAGAAGAGAAUGAAGAUUAUGGAACUGUCCCCCGAGCUCACGUCCAGCUGGUUUGUUGAGCAUUUUUAAUAUCUUCUCUCUCUAUAGGGUCGACUGCAUUGUAGUUUGGAAAUUUGUUUGAGAACUAAUUUUUUAUUUUGUGUUUUCAACUUGUACAGAAUGCCGUUUCGGCACCGGUAUCUGGACCAGUUUAA